UCUUAGCUAGUCACCGGCCCGGCCCCAGAAUGCCUGUGUGUGUGUAGCCUCCGCAGAGAGGUGGUCCUCCCGGAGUCCGAGGGGCCGCCGGAGCUGCUGAGAACUGGGCGCGGGCGGGGUAAGGGGGGCACCGUUCCUGCCAUGAGCCCCUUUGGGAAUCUGCAGGAGGCAAGAGUCCUCACGCCUCUUCAGCUGCUCCGGAGGGAGAGGUGAGCGCAGGGCAGCCGGCCCGCAGCCAGAGGUGCCGGGAGCCCCGGGCCUGUCAUGGUGGCCGACUGCAGCCGGCCUGAGGCGCUCCCAGACGGGUUUGCAGCUGAGCUUGUCUGUCUGGAGUGGGAAGAAGAUGGGGAGUUACUUGUCCAUCUCGGCUUACUUCACCUCCAGAGACCCCUUUCGGUGUUCGGAAUGCCAGGAGUCCCUCACCAACUGGUACUACGAGAAGGACGGGAAGCUGUACUGCCACAAGGACUACUGGAGGAAAUUUGGGGAAUUCUGCCACGGGUGCUCUCUGCUGAUGACCGGGCCUGUCAUGGUGGCCGGGGAGUUCAAGUACCACCCAGAGUGCUUUGCCUGUAUGAGCUGCAAGGUGAUCAUCGAGGAUGGGGACGCAUAUGCCCUGGUGGAGCACGCCACCCUCUACUGUGGGAAGUGCCAUAAUGAGGUGGUGCUGGCACCCAUGUUUGAGAGGCUCUCCACGGAGUCUGUUCAGGACCAGCUGCCCUACUCCGUGACACACAUCUCCAUGCCAGCCACCACCGAGAGCCGGCGGGGCUUCUCCGUGUCCGUGGAGAGCGCCUGCUCCAACUACGCCACCUCUGUGCAAGUAAAAGAGGUCAACCGGAUGCAUAUCAGUCCCAACAACCGCAAUGCCAUCCACCCUGGGGACCGCAUCCUGGAGAUCAAUGGGACUCCCGUCCGCACACUCCGCAUAGAGGAGGUAGAGAAUGCAAUUAGCCAGACGAGCCAGACACUUCAGCUCCUGAUUGAACAUGACCCCGUCUCCCAGCGCCAGGACCAGCUGCGGCUGGAUGCACGGCUCUCUCCCCACCUGCAGAAUGCUGGGCACUCGCACACCCUCAGCACCCUGGACAUCAAGGAGAACCUGGAAGGGACUCUGAGGAGACGUUCCCUAAGGCGAAGUAACAGCAUCUCCAAGUCCCCCGGCCCCAGCUCCCCAAAGGAACCCCUGCUGUUUAGCCGUGACAUCAGCCGUUCCGAAUCCCUUCGCUGUUCUAGCAGCUACUCCCAGCAGAUCUUUCGGCCGUGUGACCUGAUCCACGGGGAGGUCCUGGGGAAGGGCUUCUUUGGGCAGGCCAUCAAGGUGACACACAAAGCCACGGGCAAAGUGAUGGUCAUGAAGGAGCUGAUUCGGUGUGACGAGGAGACCCAGAAGACCUUUCUGACUGAGGUGAAGGUGAUGCGCAGCCUGGACCACCCCAACGUGCUCAAGUUCAUCGGGGUGCUAUACAAGGACAAGAAGCUGAACCUGCUGACAGAGUACAUUGAGGGGGGCACGUUGAAGGACUUUGUGCGCAGUGUGGACCCGUUGCCCUGGCAGCAGAAGGUCAGGUUUGCCAAAGGCAUCGCCUCUGGAAUGGCCUAUCUGCACUCCAUGUGCAUCAUCCACCGGGACCUGAACUCACACAACUGCCUCAUCAAGCUGGACAAGACCGUGGUGGUGGCAGACUUUGGGCUGUCACGGCUCAUAGUAGAGGAGAGGAAAAAGCCCCCAGUGGAGAAGGCCACCAGCAAGAAGCGAACGCUGCGCAAAAAUGACCGCAAGAAGCGCUACACGGUGGUGGGGAACCCCUACUGGAUGGCCCCUGAGAUGCUGAAUGGAAAGAGCUACGACGAGACGGUGGAUGUCUUCUCUUUCGGGAUCGUUCUCUGCGAGAUCAUCGGGCAGGUGUAUGCAGAUCCUGACUGCCUGCCCCGCACACUGGACUAUGGCCUCAACGUGAAGCUUUUCUGGGAGAAGUUUGUCCCCACAGACUGCCCCCCAGCCUUCUUCCCUCUGGCCACCAUCUGCUGCAAACUGGAGCCCGAGAGCAGACCGGCAUUCUCAAAACUGGAGGACUCCUUUGAGGCCCUCUCCCUGUACCUGGGAGAGCUGGGCAUCCCGCUGCCUGCCGAGCUGGAGGAGCUGGACCACACUGUGAGCGUGCAGUACGGCCUGACCCGGGACUCGCCCCCCUAGCCCUGGCCCAGCCCCCUGCUGUGGGCAGGGCCAUCCCAGCUUCCUGUGGAUUGGCAGCUUGUUUAGAAGCAGAACAAGCCAUCCCUACUACCUCCCCAGGAGGCGAGCCGGGCGCAGCACCAGGGAAAUGCCCCUCCACACGUUUUGGGGCCUGGUUACUGUCUGUACAUCCAACACUCGCCUGAAAGCUGUGAAGAAGAAGAAAAAAACAGGCUGGUCCUGGGCCAGGAGGAAUCUGUUACUCGUGACCUCUCGGGAAUUCCCUGGGAUUCCAGGCUCUUGCUUACACUAAUCAGCGUGAUCUGGACCUGCCAGGCAGGAUUCCAGGGUGAACCAGCCGCUGGGCUCCGAGGUCUCGGGUCCAGCUGGGGACUGGAGCACUUCAAGCGGCCGGUCGGUCGGUCGGUUUGUCGGGUGGAUGAGAGCAAGACUGGGGGCCAGGCUGCAACCCAAGGAUGUGAACUGACAGUGGUGCUACCCUCCUUUCACUCCAUGUCCCGCCCUUCCCUGGACAGGUCGAGGCAACAGGUUUCGAAGAGGCCCUUACUUUGUGGUGGAACUGGCCAGGAAUCCAGGGAAGGGCCGGUUUCUGUUCACCUGCCAGGCCACGUCAACGCGAGGGGGAGCUUUCGCCUCAUGUUCUCACACUGCACUGCCGGAGACUGGCUGAGAACUUGUGCAUCGGCAUCUGUGCCUGCAACAGGAAGUCACCCACCUGCAGGAAGAGGCUGGGGCAGAAAAGAAAGAGGCUCUGCCCUCCAGAAAGCCCCUAUCCUGGCUGCUGUCCCUCAGCCUGAGACAGGUUGCCUGGAGCUGGAUGGAUUCUGGAGGAGAGUAUGGCUUGUCACGAGCCCGGUGUGUGAGGCUGGGGGAGUGGGGAUCUCAGCGGCAGCCACUGCCCACCCUUCACCGUGCCGAGGUCCAGGCACCACUUGGGCGGGAAAAGGAGGUGGCGGAGUCCCAGGGCUCAGAUGCUGGGGAGACAGCUCCCUGAGCCGGGCCGUCUGUCUCGGACUUCCCCUGCUGGCUAGCCCACCUCACCAGCUCCUGGCUGCAGCCUCCUGAGCCGCAGCCAUGAGUGCUGACCAGCCCUGGGGGCAGCCUCUACCCUUGGCUCCCAGAACUCCAGGGACUCAACACAAGUAGACUUGUCUCCCCCUAAGUGUCUGUGAGCGAGCUUGCGCCAUAUUUAACACGUUGGGAAUGGGUUUGGGAUAUUACUGCGAUGUGUGGCGGUUGUGUUGGGGGUGGGAGGGAGGAGGUGGGUGGGAGCGAUUCAGGAGAGUGGUUGCUGUUAAUACUAUCCUGUUUUAUGUGUUGGGUGAUAUGUGAAAUACUCUUCAUAGACCUGAUGAGUUGUGGGAUUAGAUGUCAUCUCUGGUUACGUGACACAGGCCGCACGUCUGUGUGGAGUGUGCUAGCUUGUGGGGUUGAGCCCUGGGCUCCCAGCAGCAGCAAGGUCCGCGCUGUGUGGCUGGCUGUGCCUCAGCUGCCCCCUGCAAGCGUGGGAGCGGUGGGCCCAGGUUGGGCCGUUGAGCAGACCAAAUAAAUUAAGCCGUUAACAUAA